UGUUGUGAAGUGGUGCAGAGAGUUCAACAGCUCUUGCUUUGGUCAACAGAAGAGCAACUAACUACCCAGCAUUGCAGACCAAGAAGGAUCCCUCCCAUAUGUGAACUGGUGGGCGUGUGACAUCACCACACCCCCUGAUGCACUCUUUGCAUGUGACCAAUCAGCAUUUCGUGUUAUCCAGUCACGUGUUUAUCACCCCCCCCCAACCAUUUGGUAACCAUGGCAACGAGCACUGGUCCAGGCAGCAUCUUGCAGUAGGGAGAAGAGGAAGGAAGGAGGAAGAGAUCUCAAGAGGAGGGUGAAAAGGAGGAAAACAGAAAGAGGAUAAAAUCCAACUUGGAAAUAUUUUUAGCGCUAUUCCUCAGAACAAAUGAGAACGCCUGAGGCUGUGGGUUAGAACCUUCCACUGGAGAGAGAAACUGAAAUCAUACAGGGCUGAGGUUGGACCCAGAGACCCCUGUUGGGGUGUGAAGGGCCCUAUCAGCCUUGUGUGUCUGGACCAUGGGGGAUGGAGGCAUCAAUGCAACUGGAAGAGAAGGAGUCAACCUGUCCCAUGUCCUGUUUGACAAAUUUGUCCAGGCAACCACAUGCAAGGGAACACUCAAGGCCUUCCAGGACCUGUGCGAUCUCCUGGAAGUCAAGCCCACAGAGUACAGAGUGUUUUACCACAGACUCAAAUCCAAGCUCAACUACUGGAAGGCCAAAGCACUUUGGGCCAAGUUAGACAAGAAGGCCAGCCAGAAAGAGUAUAAGAAAGGCCGUGCCUGUACCAACUCAAAGUGUCUCAUCAUUGGUGCUGGACCAUGUGGCUUACGAACAGCCAUCGAGCUCGCCUUCCUGGGUGCUAAAGUAGUCCUGUUGGAGAAGAGGGAUGCCUUCUCCAGGAACAAUGUCCUACACCUUUGGCCCUUUACCAUUCAAGACCUCAGGGGCCUUGGGGCCAAGAAGUUCUAUGGAAAAUUCUGCGCCGGUGCAAUUGAUCACAUCAGUAUUCGUCAACUUCAGCUCAUGCUGCUCAAAGUGGCUCUCCUCCUGGGCAUUGAAAUUCAUGUCAACGCAGAGUUCAAAGGGCUUAUUGAACCUCCUGAGGACCAGGAGAGUGAAAGGAUAGGCUGGAGGGCAGAGGUCCACCCCAGGACACACCCGGUCAACGAGUUGGAGUUUGAUGUCAUCAUUGGUGCAGAUGGAAGGAGAAACACGCUGCCAGGGUUUCGACGGAAGGAGUUCCGUGGCAAACUUGCAAUCGCCAUUACGGCAAAUUUCAUCAAUAGGAACACGACAGCGGAGGCUAAGGUUGAAGAAAUCAGCGGAGUGGCCUUCAUCUUCAAUCAGAAGUUUUUUCAAGACCUCAGAGAAGCGACAGGUAUUGAUCUUGAAAACAUUGUCUACUACAAGGAUGACACGCACUACUUUGUGAUGACUGCCAAAAAACAAAGCCUGCUGGAGAAAGGAGUCAUUCUGCAUGACUAUGCGGACACAGAGCUGCUGCUUUCCAGAGCAAAUGUGGAUCAGGUAGCCCUCUUGUCUUACGCCCGUGAGGCGGCCGAUUUCUCAACCAACCACCAGCUUCCCACUCUGGAUUUUGCCAUCAACCACUACGGCCAACCCGAUGUCGCCAUGUUUGACUUUACCUGCAUGUAUGCAUCGGAGAGUGCCGCCAUGGUGCGCCAGCGCCAUGGCCACAAACUACUGGUGGCGUUAGUAGGAGACAGCCUAUUGGAGCCCUUUUGGCCAAUGGGUACUGGCAUUGCCCGAGGUUUCCUGGCAGCGAUGGACUCUGGCUGGAUGGUGAAGAGUUGGGCUCAGGGAAAACAGCCUUUAGAAGUGCUCUCUGAGAGGGAGAGUAUUUAUCGUCUACUGCCCCAGACCACGCCAGAAAAUGUCAGCAAGAACUUCAGUAAAUACAGCGUGGAUCCCACUACACGUUACCCCAAUAUUAGCCUUAACUUCCUCAAACCUAGCCAGGUAAGGCACCUCAUAGACACAGGAGAGUCGGCAGAGAUGCGCAUAGAAAGAGAGAAUGUGAUCAACUCAUCAACACCAAAGUUGGCCAGGAAUGACAAUUGUCUGCUUGACAAGCAGUUGCAAGAAUCCAUCGCUCGGUCCAGUAAACUUCUCAAUUGGUGCCAGAGACAAACAGAAGGAUACAAAAAUGUUUGCGUCAAAGACCUCACCAUGUCAUGGAAGAGCGGCCUCGCCUUGUGUGCGCUCAUCCACCGAUACAGGCCAGAUCUCAUUGACUUUGACACUCUGGAUGAGCGAGACCAGGAAAAGAACAACCAGUUGGGUUUUGACGUGGCCGAGCGAGAGUUUGGCAUCUCACCGUGCAUGACUGGCAAGGAGAUGUCGUCUGUGGUGGAGCCUGACAAACUUUCAAUGGUCAUGUACCUCAGUCAGUUCUAUGAGAUGUUUAAGGACACAGUGCCACCUGGAGAUAAACAAAAUCUGAGUCCAGAAGACAAGGCUGCUCUUAUGGCAAGCACCAAAUCGCCUAUCUCCUUCUUCAGUAAACUUGGACAGAGCAUAGCAAUCUCAAGGAAACGUAACCCCAAGGACAAAAAGGAGAAGGAGGUUGACAGUUUGGGGAAGAGGAGAAAAACCAGCCAAUCUGAAGAUGAGGAAGCAUCUAAGGCUAGUCGGGCGGACAGACUGGCUGUUCCUGCACUCCUGUCAGAGAGGAAGACGGACUCUACUGCUGGAGGGAACAACAAUAAAGUCAAGGUUAUGGCUACCCAGCUGCUUGCCAAAUUUGAGGAAAAUGCUCCCCCGCAGGGUUCAGGACUGAAAAGACAGGGGGACUCUUUGCCCAAUCUGGACUGUAUCUUGCACCCAUCACCACCAAAACCCCUCGAGCCAAUCCGCCUAGCACCUGUACCAGCUUGGAGAAAGAGCCGCACACAGCAGCAGGAGCAGCUGAGCAUUCGCUACAAAGAAAAGAUCAAGUGUCAGACGCUGCCCAACAGAGGGGAGCAGGCCAGAAGUGUUGCUGACCAAGCAGCCAGCUCAGGCUCUCGGAGCUGCCCAAAGAAAACCAUUCUCCUUUCUUCCUCCUACUCCACUUCUUCGCUCUCUCUCCACACCGAGCAUUUGGAUGUCACUCCAGAUGAAGAGGAGCUUGAAUACUACGAGAAGCCCGUGAAUUGCGGGGAGUGGAAGCCUUUGCAUCUAAAUGAUCCAGGACCUAUCCAUGUGCCUAGUAUACAGGAGAGGGCUGACCGCCUUUUCUCCAAGUUUAAGGGAAAAAAUGAUAAGCCACCCAAGCCCAAGAAAAAGCCGUCCCGUUUCUUUUUAGAGCAGUGGUACUUGACCCGAGGCAUCACUGAGCACUCAAGCUCGUCGCUCUCCUCUUCUGAAACUUGUAGAAAGAAUCCGGCAAAGUCUUUGUGUUCAGCUGUCCCAAUGCCCUUAUAUGUGCUUAGUAUUCAGGAAAGGGCCGAGCAACUUGCUUCUCAGUUGGAGGGCAAGUCAACUGGACCCAAGAAAAAACCCUCAGGUUUUUUCAUGGAACAGUGGCACCUGGCCCGAACCCAAAGUGCCUCUGAUUCUUCUCUUUCUUCUGACGCCUUGAGACAGCACUAUGUAAGGAUGUACACAGGGGGAGUUAGCUCAUUGGCUGGGCAGUUAGCCAAUCAGCUUCAGUCGCAGGAUGAGCCCAAACGAUUACCUGAGAAAAGAGAUUUGGGCUCCCUCAGAAAAGAAUUCCCCGUCAAUAUCGGAGGCAGCGAUGUUUGUUUUUUCUGCCGGAAACGAGUGUACGUGAUGGAAAGGCUGAGCGCAGAAGGGAAAUUCUUUCAUCGCAGCUGCUUCAAGUGCGACUACUGUGGGACCACACUCAGACUGUCUUCCUAUGCCUUCGAUGUGGAGGACGGUAAAUUUUACUGCAAGCCACACUACUGUUAUCGUCUGUCUGGCUCUGCUCAAAGAAAGAGACCCGCACCUUCUCCCACCCCAGCUCCAAGCACAUCUAAGGAGAACCAGGAGCCCACAACUCCUGCGACAAUGGUAGAUACCCCCGGAAGGGCGACGGCAGUGGCAGGACCCUCAGCCGAUAGCCGGCCCUCAGUACCGGAAGCCAAUGGCCUGCAGGAGCCAAGCCUCGCAAAGCGGCUUCGUGGAACACCCGAGCGAAUUGAGCUGGAGAACUACCGACUGUCCUUGCAAAGGGAGGAUGAGUUGGAGGAGGUGCCAGAGGAGACACUGGCAGAGCAUAAUCUCAGCAGUGUGCUGGAUAAACCCACGGACAUCGACCUGGGCUCCAGUAGCUCAGAUUCAGACAUGGAUGAUGAUGAUGAACAAGAUGACCAGGAGGAGGAAGAGGUGGAAGUCGAGUUGGAGGAGAAGCAGCAACUUCACAGCCCCUCAGACCUUGGAGGCGUCCCUUGGAAGGAGGCAGUACUGCUCCACACCCAACUUAGAGGUGGUGAUGUAGAGGAUGAGGCUCUCGCUGAACAAGAUGAGGACGAUGAAGAGUCAAGCGAAGAGGGGGAUUACUGCCCCUGGGACAGGGAGCUCCAGUCAGGCCUUUGGCUGGAGUGCCUCACAGAUGAAGAUGAUGUUUGUACUUUUAAAGCCAAGAACCUACAAAUUCAACAAAUCCUGCAGCCUUUGGAUCCUCUUGCAAUUCCGGAUGUGGGGGGAACACACAAAGACUCUGAAACUGAUGGAUGUGGCCAACUGGCCUCAGCCUCCCGGCCCGUUGAGCUCACACAGCGUUCCUUUCCAGCCCCUGCCCACACGUCUGCCCGGCACGAAGCAGUGCGAGUCUGGUUGGAUUCAAUGUCUGGAGAACCUUGUGAGGAUGACGAUCUGGAAGCAGAAGCAGAUAGCCCAGAUAUGGAACCUGGUACUGAAAUAGACCAAGAUGACAUCCCCUCCGAUGCUGAAGCUGAGGCACGUUUGCACCCGCCAUUGCACAGGGAAACUAUUCCAGAGGAAGACAAAACAUAUGAAACUGUGGGAUUGGCAGCAAAUAUUGGACAAUCUAGCACUGAACCCAUGUUAAAGGGAGAUGAUGCCGUUCUAUCACCAGUCUUACCUGCAAGAGAGCCUGAAAGACAGGUGCAGUCUCCAGACACCUGCUUUUUCCCAGAACAGCUACUUUUUGAGGAACCGAAAGUUGAAAAGAUAACACCAUCACCAUCUUCCAACAGCCCUUCGCCUGUCUUUAACCCUUCCCCCGUUGCCUCUCCAGCUGCUGCUUCCGUGAAAUCUCCCAUCUCGCCUCUCACCAAGUUACCAUCCAACCCCGGUGCCAGCUCUCCGGUUAAUCCAUCUGUCGAGCCUCUUGUCCAAUCCCCCGUAAAGUCACAGGAAGCCUCUCCAAUCCGUUCCCAGCCUGCUUCACUACCAGAAACAUGCCCACCUAAGUCUCCGGUGUACCCUCACAGAUCGAUUUGCCCUCUCACCGGCAACCCACUCUCCCCAAUAUGUGCGCAACCUUUGCCCUGCCAUGAACCUUCAUCACCUGUGGCCUCUAAAUCUCCAGUCAGAACACAGCCAAUUUCAAACGUCACUUCAACACCAUUGGCCAGAAGUGACAGAGCCACACCAGAUUCUGACAAUUCCUCAGCAGAUGAAUCUUUGUCUAAAAAGACUGAUAUUAUUGAGGAAUUUUGGUUAAAGAGUGCUGAGAUCCGAAAGAGUCUUGGUCUUACUCCUAUAGACCGCAGUAGUAAAGUCAUGGAGAAGAGUGUUGUUUCGAGUCCAACACAAGACUCCACUCCUGCGAAGAAACAGGCUCUGGAUGUGUUUGAGGACCAAACGCCUGCGUUGCCUGGACGCACUGUAAUUCGCAGACUCAACAUCACUCUUGAAGGUCAAGUCAUUACACCCAUUGCCCCUGUGGAGGGUAGAAGUAAUGUUACUGACACAAAAGAAUUUAGCAGCAGCUCAGGUCUGGGCCUCAAUGGUAGUUUGGCAACAAGCCAAACGGCAAACAGCGACAGCUACAUUACCUCCGACUCCAUCAUGCUCACCCCGCCCUCCAGUCCACCCCCACCUGUGCCUAUUAAUCAAUCCCCUGCGGUACUCAGGCAACAAAAACACCAAGUCCCUUGGAGAAACGGGACAGUAAAACCUCCAUGCGAGCUUGCCAAAGAACCACCAGCCAUAAACACUCCUGUUCCUGCACAGAGGACCCAACCGAGUCCUGUAUCUGCACCCAAACCUGCACCCAGGAAAUUGGCAUCGCCAUCAGUAGAUCUUGCAGAAACAUCCGCAGUUAUCAUGAGGGAGAAGAAGAAACCUCGGUCAGAGGAGAUGAGAAAGUCCUUUGUGGAGACGGUGGAAGAAAUUCCGUUUGCUGACGAUGUGGAGGAAAAUUUUGAUGAGCGAACGCCUGAGACGAGCAUGAAUAAGUUUUAUACUCCACCUACCAGCAAGGUCAAAGUAGACAGGCCUCCAUUUCACCUGGCUCUUGCAAUGGAAAAUGGCAAACCCAUUAUUCCUGUCAGCCCGGUCUCUAAAACGCAGCGGUCCACUCAGUUCUCUCCAGAGGCCAAAGAAAUAGCUGAGGAGAGGAUAAGGGCAAGAGAAAAGUCCAUUAAAAGUCAGGCUCUUAAAGAAGCAAUGGCUAAGCAACUAAAUAAAAUGAAAGAGUCCAACAUAGAAGAGGGGGCCUCCCCUAAAGUGGCCUGGAGUGUCACCCCGGAGCUGUCAGGGAAAAGUAACAAGUCUUCAGUAUCUCCCACGACGUCCGCCGUAAAAGCGCUGGAAUCGAAGAAAGUAGAGACUCUACCCGAGCGUCUCUUCAGCAGCAACAGGAGUUUGGACAGCUCCGUGGCGUCCUCCGACAGCUCAUCCACGUGUAAGAGCAAGAAACGAAGUUCUCUCUUCUCACCCCGCAAAAACAAAAAGGAGAAAAAGGCAAAGAAUGACGCAAGCCGGCUUUCGGGCGCAGAAGAGACACCACCCAAACACAAGUCUUUGUGGAAGACUGUCUUCUCAGGGUACAAAAAGGACAAAAAGAAGAAAGAUGACAAGUCGUGUCCCAGUACACCGUCGUCCGGCUCUACCAAUCAGGAUUCUGGGAAGAAGAGAGCAUCCCCUGUUGGAAAGUCGGCAGAUGGAAAGUCACGUAGAAACUUGAGCUUUUCUGAGGAUUCAGACCUGUCAUGUGAUGACGUUCUGGAGAGAUCGUCCCAGAAGUCAAAGGCAGAUCGACACACGGACAUCUUUGACCUAGUAUCAGGCAUGCACAAGGAGGCAAUGAAGGAGGAGAGAAUGGACAAGGCGAUAAAGAGGGAGUUAAAAGAAAGAAAAAAGGGGAAAGAGAGGCUCAAAGAAAGAGACCGGGGAAAAGCGGUUGUUGGCAAAAAGGAGAAAGACGAUGAGUCUGUUUAUGUCCCUCAUGCACUGGCGUUCAAGAGAUCAUAUGCCUCAAAGAAAACCUACACGGAAGAGGAGCUCAAUGCCAAGUUGACACGUAGAGUCCAGAAAGCUGCUCGACGACAAGCUAAGCAGGAAGAACUCAAGAGGUUACACCGGGCCCAGAUUAUCCAGAGGCAACUCGAGCAGGUGGAGGAGAAGCAGAGGCAGCUAGAGGAGAGAGGCGUGGCUGUGGAAAAGGCAUUGCGAGGAGAAGCAGGAAUGUACAAAGGUACUUAUACAUUACCCAAACAGCACAAAAGAAGAUCAGACUAUUGGGGAGAUUCUAAUUACAGUGAAAUCCUGGACUUACAUCUGGGCGUCCCUCGCUCCCUUUCCCCUUGUCCUGUGGAAGUUGAGCCCUUUGUGGCGAUGCACCGUCGGAGAACUCUCCCCUUCUGCCUCUGCUGUUCCCCUGAAGGCAUGGGAAAGAAGGACGAUCCCAAACUAAUGCAAGAAUGGUUCAAGCUGGUGCAGGAGAAGAAUGCCCUAGUCCGCUAUGAAUCCGAACUCAUGAUAUUUGCCAGAGAAUUGGAGCUCGAGGACCGCCAGAGUCGAUUGCAGCAGGAACUAAGGGAGCGAAUGGCUGUGGAAGACCACCUGAAGACUGAGAAGGAACUUGCACAGGAGAAGCAGAUCUUAAAUGAGAUGCUCGAUGUUGUGGAGCAGCGCGAUGCCCUGGUGGCACUCCUGGAGGAGCAGAGGCUUCGAGAGAAAGAGGAAGACAAGGACCUGGAGGGUGUGAUGCUCUCAAAAGGCUUCAACCUUAAUUGGGUUUAACAAGAGUGAACUAAUUGCGCCAACAGGUCUGCAGUUGAAAUGACCUGGAGCGUCUCAGACUUCUUUGAUCAGCAUAGCGCGGCGAACAUAAAAAAAGGCAAUUCGUCGGAAUCUGUCACACCUACAGCAAUGAAUGUGUACAGAUUCCCAGCAAACAUACACUCGCACACAGUAGCCUGCGGUGUUUACACACCCUCAGCCCACAGGCAGUUCUAGUUAAUCACUUUUCAGGUUUGGACUUUCAUCGCGGGUAGAAAGACGGUACUUUAGCAAUUCAUCAUUGCAGCCUUGAAAUACUGGCUCUUUUGGAGCAUGUUCAAAGACUUGUUGGGUCGGCAAUGAUCUAAAGGGAAUAAUGCAGUCUGGUCCUGCUGAUGUAAAGGAAACUUAAAGAAAUGUGUUUUGUAAAUAAGUUGUGUAGAUGCAGUAACAUUUUACAGCAGAUCAAGAUCCUCCGCCAAAAAGGAAGGCUUCUGAAAUUGCCUUCCUCCACAUUGACUUCUUCCUGAUGAACCACAAAGAGAAAAUAAUGUUUCUUUCGUUUUAGCAUAGUUUUUUGUGGGGCCACACUAAGAGUCCAUCAAACACAGUAUUUUAAUGUAUUUAUGAUAUUUUAUCAAACAUCACUUUGCACUCACACUGGUGUCACAAUUAUUGAGCGGCCGUAUACAUGUGCCCAUCCGCACGCCGACACCAGGCAGGAAGCCUCCAGUGACCGUGACAAACAAUGAGAGACCCCCCCCCAUCAGCACAUGACAAGCUAGGAAGGAAUGUACUGGCAAUUUUGGUCAACCGUGAGCCUAAGGCCAGUGUGCCUUUGAGGCUCCAGGACUCCCCCUCAGCCCUUCACGAAUAGACCCUCAGAAAACUUAGAGGGAGGGAAACUAAUGGCUACAAUAUCAUGUUCCUGGCAAACAGGGCUGCCGUUGGAAAAGUAGCCUAAUUAGUGAACACUGCAUCCAUAACAAAUACUUUUUAUUUUGUCCCUGACUGCAAGGACACAGAAUACACACGUAAGCACAUUUGAUAGAAGAGUGUAAUGGUUCACCAUGCUUAUAUUGACCUUUUCCCUUGUGUCUGCUUUUUAUUAUCCCUGAAAUUUGUUUCUGACCAUUCUACCCAAUCUGGAGAGGGAGUGGGCAGUCGGGACCGGAGGAAAACUCACAGAAGCAAGGAGAGUACAUGCAAACUCUAAAGCCCCAAAGUCGGUUGUUAAAUCAACAGGGCUCCAUGGUGUUUGGCCCUGGUCCGCCACAUCUGUAGAGGUUUAUUGUAAUUCUGAAGCUCCUCAGACGACUGAUCUCUUUUAUUUUUGUGAUUUUUAAUAUUGAAGGACCCCGUGGAGUCUGUAUACCAUGGGAUAAAAAUGUGGAUGGCAUUACAGGGUAGUAAGAUAUUACUAUUUGCAACUGUUUUCCUUAGUUCACGUGAUUAUACAUGGUUGUAUGACAUUUUAUUGAUUCAGUGGUCUUCGUGAUUCGCUUGCAAGGUCUUCCAAAAACGGAAUUUCAAUUUAAUGAAAUUCUAUUUUAAAACAAAAUAUAGUGUGUCUUGACUUACAAAUAUUUUGACUCGGAAUCGAUUGUGUCUGCAAGUUGAGGACUUACCUGUAUUUACAUCUAGAUGUGUUAAACAACUUAGGACAGAGCACCUUUUGUUUAAAUCCACACACAUUUCAAGUGGGCAAAGGUAUUAUUAAAUUAACUAAUAGUAAAUAACACGAUGGAAUGCUGGGUAGCAUGUCCAUCUCACAGUUCAGAAGUGCAGCCUAUGUGGAGUUUGCAUGUACAUGGGUUUCCCUCUGGGUGCUCCGGUUUCCUCCCACAUCCCAAAGACAGGCAUGGUAGGCCGAGUGACCACUCCAAAUUGUUCGUUAGUCUGGAUGUGAGUGGUUGGUUGGGUGUACCCUGCGAUUGGCUGAUGACCAGUUCAGGGUGUCCCAAAGACUGCCAGGAUAGACUCCAGCAUGCCCAUGACCCUUGUGAGAAUAAAGCAGUUCAGAAAAUGGAUGGAUGAAUUUGUAUUAUUUAAUAUUUGAUGGCAUAACCCUUACUUGCAAUAACUGCAUCAAGUGGGCAACCCAUUCAUUUCACCAGACUGUUUUCUUCUCAAAAUGCUUUUGUUUCUUCAGGAGGGGUAAUACAUGGUCCAUUGGGCUAAGUUUCUGGUGAUUGACUUUCGGUCAGUCUAAGACCUUCAAAUUCUCCCCUGAUGAAGUACAUUGUUGUGUUGGCAUUGUGUCUUGCGUCAUUAUCUUAUUGCAUGAUAAAGCUUCUCCCGAUUAGAUUAAUUUCUCUGUAAAUUUACCCACAAAAUGGUUUUGUAGACUUUACACAUCACAUAUGUAUACAGUACACAUAUAUACACAAACUCUAGUUACAGCACACUGCUUUUCUCGUAGUCCAAACUGAGACUGAAUGAUUAUUAAUGGUCCAGGGUCCACUCACUCAGCUGGGAUAGGAUCUAAUUUCUCAGAGACCUUGAAAAAGCUAGGAACUGUAUACAAAAUGAAUGAAAGGAUGAUUUCAGGGAAGUUACGGCCUUUGUACAUUCACUCAUAUGUCCCAAAUAAAAUAUAAAGUGAAAACACGAGCGUUUCACGUGAUCAACAGUGAUGGACCCACCUCUUGAUAGGAAAUUCACUAUAUCACACUGAUAGCUAAUGUUUACAAAUAUACACGUCUUGUUUUUUUUGUCUCCUACGGUGACAAAUGAGGAGAUUCAGCAAGUGGCAGUGUUCAUACAGUACAACAGAUGCCUUGUUCUGUUUUUAUUCUAUCCUUUCACAAGGGUUAAUGUUUCAGUGGACAUUUUUUAAGGGUCUGUAAAACAAAAUAUUUAAUUUGAGGUUCUGGAGCAAUGCAUAUGCUGUGAAUAUUUUGCAUCUAAUUGAAAAUUUGAAAUAUCCCUGACAGUCAUUGUUUUACAGCACAUAGAGGACACAUUAUAUAGUAUAUGUGCAAUGAGUUGGCAUAAAGUUACACGAGCCUUUGGUGUGUAGAUUGUGAGUGUGAUGUGUGACAUGAUUGUACUGAUAUUUAUUAAUGUGUGAAAACUGUAUUAUAUGUAAAGAAUAAUUUUUAAACUGUUCUGUUGGCGCACGACUUAUGUAAAUGCUUUGUGUAGCUGCUUAUGGGUGUUGGAUGUAUGCUGCAAACAGCAAUAAAACAAUGCAGUUGUCUUUCUAA